GACUAAGACUUCUCCUCUGCUGCCCAAGCGCUAUGGUGUCUUCAGUCAAACCCAAGCAGGCUCCACAGAGAGAAGGCUGACUCUAGACAGUCUGCCUCAUUCUAUGAACAUUUAUUUUGAGCCACCUUGUUGCAGUGUGGGCGGUCUGGAGGCGGCCCAGGGACAAUCCAUUGAGGAACACUACUCGAGCAUCGUCCCCUGGCAGCCAUUGCGCUGAAUGCCAAGACUGAACUGCUGUGUUUUGCGGUCUGAAAGAAACCGACGUGCGCUGUGCUUUUCCUGAGUGGACACGUUUCUCUCCAAAGGAAGACUGCAAGAGAAGAAGAAGUUAAUGUUUUGGAAGGAAGACAUCCUCACGUUGGCUGGAUCUCCCUCUUCAGACUGUCUGUUUUGUUUUGAAUUUGCAUGCAAGGGUUUAAGCCUAGCUCUUGAUGACAAUUCUUCACGUUGUACCCCAAAUCAAAAUACAAAGUGGUGCUCUGAAUGAGAAUAGGCCAGUAGGAGAUAGCAACAGAAAAGUGAAGUUAAAAUUGGUUCUCUUUCCUAACACGCCAGCAUCCUAGUUCAUUAUUUUCCGACGGACGCCCUUCUCCGGGAGGGAGUUGUCCAUUGUAACAUCUUGUCAGCUUUCACAGAGUUUUCUAGCAUUCAAACCUAGCUGUAGAAUGCCUAGAGAGCUAGCUCCCAGUAGCCUUUUCCAAAAAGUGUUAGCCCAAGGAAGGAUGUGGUAGGGCUCUGCAAUUUUCCCGUCUUCUGUGUCUCCUCAGGAAUUACAUGAACGACAGCCUGCGGACCGAUGUCUUUGUACGAUUCCACCCAGAGAGUAUCGCUUGCGCCUGCAUUUACCUUGCCGCUAGGACGCUCGAGAUUGCACUUCCAAAUCGUCCCCACUGGUUUUUACUUUUUGGAGCGACGGAGGAAGAAAUUCAGGAGAUCUGCGUUAAAAUUCUACAGCUGUAUACACGCAAAAAGGUGGAUUUGGCUGUUCUGGAAGGCCGAGUCGAGAAGAAGAAGUUAGCCAUCGAAGAGGCAAAAGCACACGCCAAAGGGCUCUUACCUGAUGGGACACCCGGCUUAGACAGCGUGUCCGGAUUUUCUCCUGUCCCCAAAACCGAAUCUCCAAAGGAAAUGAAAGGUACCAAGCCUUCCCCACUUGCUGUGCAGGCGGUUAAAAAUGCCAAGAGGAAAAUGGAAGGGACCAAGAGGGUGAAAUCAAAUAGUCCCAUCAACGGUAUUCAGAAAGGUCGAGAGAGCAGGAGUCGGAGUGGAAGCCGAGACCAGAGUUAUUCCCGGUCAGCCUCAAGAUCACCUUCUCCAAAACAGAGGAAAAGCGAAAGCUACUCUCCGUCGAGCGGCUCCAAAUCCCACAGCCGCUCGAGGAGCCGCAGCGAUUCCCCGCCGCGGCAGUUCAACCACGGCGCUUCCAGUUACAAAGGCUCCAAGAUGCGGAGCUACAAGAAGGCCAAGGGGUACAAGUACGCCUCCCCGAAGCAGCGGAAGUCCCGCAGCCGGAGCUCGUCGCGGUCCAGGAGCCGCUCGCAGGAACGCUCGGACCACUCCGGGAAGUACAAGAAGAAGAGCCACUACUACCGGGAUCAGAGGCCCGAGCGGCCACACUCCUACGAGCGGCCCAGCCAUCGCUACGAGAGGGACCAUCCUGGCCACAGUCGGCACAGGAGGUGAAGCGGAUUGGACAAAAUGCCAAAGCGGAGGGUCCGACAUGGCGCCUGUUUCGAUCUAGGCUCUUACGCGGGAACUCGGAAACGUACCGGAUGUGUGGGGGAUUUUUGGAAUCUCUGUCCUUGCAAUGUGGGAGAGCCACUCUCUUGGGAUCGUCUGUCAGUCAUGUCAGACUAUUGAUGCUCUUACGUGCUUUGGGAGCCGGAUUGUGUCCAGAUCUGUGGGGAGAAUAGCCUUGUGGGACUUUUCCAAGAUAGCCUCCCCAUUCUUUUUGCCCCAAAGAGUCUCUGAAACUCAUCGCUCGGUGCUAACAGUGGUCCUUGUAUUUUUCUCUCUCUCUCUUUUGCAAUGGAUGUGAUUGCAUUGUAUAACAUAUGGUGAAUUUUUUCUUUUUUUAGGAUCAAUGCCUAUAUUAGGCAGCCCUUUUGUGUAUAUAUUUCUCUCUUGUUAUUGGAACAGUUUUAAGGACAAGGGAAGGCCUUAACACUUCCAAAAAGCGCAGACGUGUUUUCUUUCGAUUUGGGGGAGACUUGUAUACCUGGCUAUGGAAAACGUUCAAUCCUUCUCUUUUGCCCCCCAUUUUUUUUUUUGGCGACAGGACUCUGGAAAUGUGAAAAAGUAUUUAGAUUCCUUGUGUUGGAAGUGGUCUAUUUUUAAAACAAGGAUGGGAUGCCUGGUGCUGGCCACCAGCUCAGGACUUGGCGAUGCUUUUGGUAUAAUAUAAUGUUUUAAGUGGUUUAGAUAAACUUCUUUACUCAGGAUCUUUACAGAGAUGCCCACGAACCCCUCGUUUGUCCAUCCCUUGCUUGCUUAAGAGAAGUCUUUUUUUUUCUAUUGAGAGAGAAAAACGUAUGCGGCGCAGGAAUAUCAGUUUUAGUGGUAUAUCUGAGCUUUUUUUCCUCUUCCCUGGUUUCAUUAAAGUAUUUGAUUUUGUAUUUAAA